UUACAAGGGGCGAAUCAUUUUAAUCAGGGGAAUGGUUUUCCUUGCAAAAAUGAAAGAAAAGUAUGCUUGGAAUACAAGAGAUGGCUUGACUGACUCCUGCUUCAGAAGAUGGAUUUUAAAAAAAAAACCAGCGAAUCACAUGGGGAUUGAUUGAUUAGUUGCAUUUGGACUUGUCUUUAGCAUCCCCUGCUUUUUAGUUUUUUCAACACCACUCAAACAAUCUCUCCUCCCUACCCUUUCUUUUGAGAUGUGGUAUUGUGGUUAUGGUUAACAUGUAACCAACACAUCUUCUAAUCUAACCACCCUCCAUUAUAAUACUAAUUGAGAUUGUCACAUCUUUGUUGGGGCCUAUAUAUACUCUCCUUUCUUGCAUAUCAUAUCAUAUGCAUCAGCAUUUCAGAAGAAAAAAAAAAAAAAAAAGAAUGAAGGAGAUGGAGAUCCCUGUUAUAGAUUUUAACGAACUUCACGGAGAGAAUAGAAGCAACACCAUGGCUCUCCUACACCAAGCUUGCGAGAAAUGGGGCUUCUUUCAUAUCAAAAACCAUGGAAUCGACAUAAAUUUGAUGGAGAAAGUGAAGAGCUUGAUAAAUACACACUAUGAGGAAAAUUUAAAGGAGAGCUUCUACAGUUCAGAGACAGCCAAAAUAUUGGAGAACGCAGGAGAUACCAGUAACAUCGACUGGGAAAGCAGCUUUUUCAUAUGGCAUCGCCCUUUAUCUAACAUCAAAGAAAUUCCAAACCUCUCAACAGAUCUCUGCACAACCAUGGAUGAGUACAUUGCUCAACUGAUUAAUGUGGCACAGAAACUUUCUGAGCUUAUAUGCGAGAAUCUUGGUCUGGAAAAGGAUUACAUAAAAGAUGCAUUCUCAGGAACCAAAGGCCCAUCUAUUGGAACCAAAGUUGCAAAAUAUCCCCAAUGUCCUCAACCACAACUUGUGAGAGGACUUAGGGAGCACACAGAUGCAGGUGGGAUCAUACUCUUGCUCCAAGAUGAUCAAGUCCCGGGCCUUGAAUUCUUCAAAGAUGGCAAAUGGUUUCCAAUUCCACCCUCCGAAAACCACACCAUUUUUGUGAACACAGGUGACCAACUGGAGGUGUUGACUAAUGGAAGGUAUAAAAGUGUUCUGCAUCGUGUCAUGGCUUACAAUAGUGGAAGUCGACUAUCGAUUGCUACCUUUUAUAAUCCUGCCGGUGAAGCCCUCAUCUCUCCAGCACCCAAACUCUUAUACCCAACUCACUUCCGCUUUCAAGACUACCUCAAGCAUUAUGCUACCACAAAGUUUUCUGAUAAGGAACCCAGAUUUGAAUAUAUGAAACAGAAACAGAUAAAUAAUGGCGACCAUAGUGGUCAUCUUGCUUAAAACUAGCAUUUACUAGAUCAUAUUUAUAUCGUGUAUUUCUCACUUUAGGGUUUGUUUGACACUUUUGUCCUAGCUAUGUUUUCUGCAUAAAUGAAAAAAAGUUGUCAUUUCACAUUUCACGUGGUGGCAAAAUUAUGUUGCUGUUA